AUAUGGCCCCCAUCGCCCAAUCAAGAUGUUCACAUUCAAAAAUGCUUCACUACGGCGCAGACUAUCAAAUGUUUUAAAAACAGAGUAUCACGCAAUUGUUGUGCCGCUCGGAACACUGAUAUAUUCGAAAAAAGGUGGUCCCUGGAUUACGUGACUAACAUAAUGGCUGGAGUGCAGCGAUUGACGUUGAACAGCUUGCAGCCGGAAAUAAAAAAUGCUUUGAUCGUUGGGAUAAUCAUAAGCAAACAAGGAGUGAAAACUUUUCAAUCAAAAAAUACAAGUUACAACACUGGCGAAAGAGGUGUAUGGAAUUUCACAAUCAGAGAUUCGGAGGUAGAUUUCGCUAACGUUACUGUAUGGGGAAGUAGCGAGUACGUAGAGGGCCUGUUUGUAAAUUUUCGAAUUGGACACGUUGUUGAACUGAUAAAUCCCAAAGUCACCCUACGCCGCAGGGAUGACAGAUCAGAAAUGUUUGUGCCAUUGGUUUCAUCGCAGUUCAAUAUCACAUUAAAUCAAGGGGUUUCAGACAUGCAUACCCAUAAUUCUCCAGAUCGCAGCAAAUAUGUAUCUCUCCUUGCACUACCAACAAAGAAUCCUACUCAAAUCAGGUCAUUGGAUAUUGUUCUCAAGACCUUGGAUCAGCUUAAAGAUCAGCACAUUGAUAUUAUGGUCAUUCUCAUGUCGAUGAGUUCAAUCCGACAGUUUACAUCAAAAGAUGGAAAACCAAUAGUAUGUCGAGAUAUAGAUGUAAAUGAUGGCUCAGUCCCAAUGCCAGUUUCCCUCCGCCUUUGGGGAAGUGAUUGGGCAGAGAAGGCAGAAUACUGGCAACCACGCCAUACAGUGCUCUUCAUGGCCGAUAUUUUGGUAUCAUUUAACUCCUUUAAGAAACAGACUGUUCUCACUAUUGCAAGGAAGACGCUUAUCACUGAAAAUCCAAAUAUUCCACAAACUCAGAUAGUUAGAGCCGCAACACGUGACUUACCCGAUCAGCCUUUGAGCACCGAAUCUUUGAUACCUGAACCUACUAGCAUCACAAACUUGAUGACUAUACGGCAAAUUUGUGAAAAGUUAGAUCAUACCGAGUCCCAAGAUGACAAAAUUGUUUUCACCGCUCUCAUCCAUGUAGUCAUUAACCAGAUGAACUUUGAUCAUAAGUCUAUGCUGACGAAAAAAUGUGCUCUAUGUAAGAAGUGGGUACCACCAGACCAGGAAUCUUGUAUGAACCCUAACUGCUCAUAUGGGAAUGGGACGCAAAAGCCAAUAAAUCAUACUUCUUUCAACUUGAAAUUGAAUGUGAGUGACCAUACCGGACAUCUUGUCGGUUGCAGACUAGUUGGAGCUGCUGCAGAAGAAUUUUUAAAGUGUACUGUGAAUGACUUUAUGGCAAUGUCUACAAAAGAACGAGACGAAUUGAAAUGGCGCUGUCUCUUAGAGAAAUGCAGUAUUGGAUUAAAAGUCGUGGGUCCUACACCAGCGUGGCCCUCGCCAACAUAUAACGUACUUACAGUUAAACGACUACAAGAAAAUGUCCAACCUAAUGAUGCAGGAAGUAGCAGCGGGCUGUAUUCUUAAAUUCACCGUUGGAAGAUAUAAGCCGAAAAGUCUUGACGUUACAUCUGAAAAGCAAGGUUCGGAUUGACCACUAUUUCAGGGGAAGCAAUGCUUGUUAUUUCAUUUGGGUCCUACAAUGCCGCUCUUCUCGAAUAAGU